GCCAAUGGAGAACGGACAUCAUGAAUCACUUGCUCCUUUACCAUCAAGAAGGUUUGGGACAAUAUCUUUCAGGCGGUCUCGGAUUGAACGACAACCCCAUGAAUACGUUGACGUGCUUAUCAAGUUUGUUUCGCAAAAGGUCGGAUUCAGCCAUGGAAAGCCUGUUGCGGCAUUUACAAUUUACAAAUGUCUCAUACACUGGAAAGUAUUCGAAGCAGAGAAGACCAGUAUCUUUGAUCGUAUGGUUCCUGUUUUUGGUUCCGCUAUUGAGAAUCCGGAAGAUAAUGAUCAUUUGACCUAUUGGCUAACCAACACAUCUACGCUACUAUUCUUGCUUCAAAGAAGCUUGAAAACCCAUAGCACAAGUAGUGCAAGUCCGAAGUUACCUCCUCAGCCGACUUCAUUUUUUGGGAGGAUGACACAGGGUUUCCGUUCAACCUCUUCCGCAAGCCUUUCAGGUGACGUAGUGCAACAGGUAGAUGCUAAAGUACCUGCUUUGCUGUUCAAGCAGCAGCUCACAGCCUACGUUGAAACGAUAUAUGGAAUAGUGCAAGAGAAUGUGAAGAGAGAGUUAGAGCCAGUUCUCUCGUCAUGCAUUCAGGGACUGAAAGAUUCAUCACGUGAGCAACCUGAAGAGAAUAUAUCAGCCGAGUCAUCUGAACAGAACUCACCAGCAAAGCCAUCUGAACAGAACUCACCAGCAAAGCUAUCUGAACAGAACUCACCAGAAAAGCCAUCUGAACAGAACUCACCAGCAAAGCCAUCUGAACAGAACUCACAAGAAAAGCUUAGUUCACCAGAAAAGCCAUCUGAAGAGGAUCCACAUGCAAAGAUAUCUGAAGAGACUCCACCGGCAAAACCAUCAUCCGCAGAGAAUUCACAAACGGAAACUUGGCAAGGCAUCAUAGAUCUUUUGAAUCGGCUUCUCGGCACACUGCAGAAAAAUUACGUUCCUCUGUUUCUUGCUCAGAAGAUAUUCAGCCAAACAUUCCAAGGCAUCAACGUUCAAGUCUUUAACAGCCUUACACAACAAGAAUGCUGUACAUUCAACAUGGGCAAAAAGGUGAAUGCUUUGUUAAAUGAACUAGAGGCAUGGUGUAGCCUGGCAACUGAAGAUUUUGUAGGGUCUUCAUGGGAUGAACUCAAACACACAAGACAAGCCGUGGUGAUCCUGGUAACAGAACAAAAGUCCACAAUUACAUAUGAUGAUCUUACCACUAACCUCUGCCCGGUUCUUAGUACUCAGCAAUUGUAUAGAAUAUGUACUCUCUGCAAAAUUGAUGACGACAAGGAUAAGAAGAAUGUAUCUCCAGACGUGAUUUCCAACUUGAAACUUCUAAUCACAGAUGAAGACGAAGACAGCCGUUCGUUCUUGUUAGACAAUGAUUCCAGCAUCCCCUUUGCAGCCGAUGAAAUCUCCAACUGUAUGCAAGAAAAAGAAUUUACCAAUGUAAAGGCAGCGAUGGAACUCGCUGACAACCCUAACUUCCAGUUUCUAAAGGACUGAGACUUAUUUGGUCCGUUUUUCAUCUGACAACUGAUUUGAUGAGACCAAAUUGUACAAUAGUCUCUUGCACAGGUUCACGGUAUGUAGAAGUCCAUAGGAUCGUUGGUAGGUUUUUUUUCAGAGGGAAAUUUUGAGCUCGGGUGUAGGGCUCCUCUCUUCUGAUUCGGUUCUUACAAGUUCAUUCUCUUCAGGGCGGUUAGGUUAAAGCCAGCCAAUAUUUACUUGUAGGGCAAGAAACUUGUCUAUGUAAAACAUCCAUAAUAUGAAUAAUUGUGAAAAUAAAGCAUUUAUUGGAA